GCGCGACGCGUCAUCCGCACAAAUUGCGCAUGCGCGUCUUCACAGCGGAGCAGCCUAGUCGAGUGAGAAGCGUAUCAACUGCAGCCGUUAUAUUGGGCCCGUGUUGUCAUCCGAGCUGAGUAUCGCGGCGUUUUAAAGUGGAUGCUCUCGACUGCAUUGUCCACUAGUUUUGUUAGCAAGCCUUGCCAAACAGUCGCCUGGUUUGUUUUGUUUGAAGAGCGGCAGUUGAAGCUCUGAAUUUUCUCGGCGACAACAAGACGGCAAAGAUGAAGCUGGACAGGCGCUGGAUGUGGCUGAUACUGCUCCUCGUUUCCGUGACUGUGGCAGUGGUAAGGGCCCAACAGCAAUCUGAGGUUGACCAAUCGGAUGUUGAUGAAGAGAUUGCCUUGGACGAGGACAAAAUGGAGUCUUUCGUCACUGAGGAGGAAGAGGAGGAAGUGGAGGAAAAUAAGGGGAAACAAACGGACCGUAGUACAGUAGCUAGUGACAAGGUCUCCUUCCAAGUAACAUACGAGACUCCUGUGCCCACUGGAGAUGUCCACUUUGCUGAGACAUUUGAUGAUGGCUUACUUGGCAGAUGGCAGUUGUCCAAAACGGUGAAGGAAGAUGCAGAUGAUGACAUUGGCAAAUAUGACGGAAAGUGGUCUGUGGAGCAGCUGAAGGAGAACAAGGUUCCAGGAGACCAAGGCUUGGUGCUCAAAUCCCGCGCCAAACAUCACGCCAUCGCCGCCCUGCUGGACAAGCCGUUCAUAUUCCAAGAUGAGCCCCUUGUUGUACAGUAUGAAGUUAAUUUCCAGGAUGGAAUUGACUGUGGUGGCGCUUAUAUUAAACUGCUUUCAGACACUGGGGAUGUCAAUCUGGAGCAAUUCCACGACCGCACGCCUUACUCUAUUAUGUUUGGACCUGACAAGUGCGGCGAGGACUACAAGCUGCACUUCAUCUUCCGCCAUCAAAAUCCCCUAAACAAAGACUUUGAGGAAAAGCAUGCCAAGCGUGCUGAUGUGGACCUCAAGAAGUUCUACACUGAUAAAAAGACUCACCUCUACACUUUGGUCCUGAACCCAGACAACAGCUACGAGGUGUUCAUCGACCAGUUCACUGUGAGCCGCGGCAACCUGCUGAAUGACGUGAUCCCUCCAGUCAACCCACCGAAAGAGAUCGACGAUCCAAACGACUCCAAGCCGGAGGACUGGGACGAGAGGGCCAAGGUUCCCGACCCCGACUCUACCAAGCCUGAUGACUGGGAUGAGGAUGCACCUGCAAAGGUGGAAGACCCAGAUGCAAUGCAGCCAGAGGGCUGGCUUGAUGAGGAACCUGAAUACAUCCCAGAUCCGAAUGCCGACAAACCACAAGACUGGGAUGAGGAAAUGGAUGGAGAAUGGGAACCUCAACAGAUCCCCAACCCAGCCUGUGAAAGUGCUCCAGGCUGUGGGCCGUGGAAGCGACCCAUGAUGAACAACCCGAAGUAUAAGGGCAAGUGGAAAGCACCCUUGAUAGACAACCCCAAUUUCCAGGGGGUCUGGAAGCCUCGCAAAAUCAUGAACCCGGAAUAUUUUGAGGACCUGCAGCCAUUCAAAAUGACCCCUUUCAAAGCUGUGGGCUUGGAACUGUGGUCCAUGACUCCCAAUAUCUACUUCGACAACUUCAUCGUUACCUCCCAUAAGGACGUCGCUGACCGCUGGGCCUCCGACAGCUGGGGUCUGAAGAAGCUCGUAGCCAGUGCUAAUGAGCCUGGGAUUUUUACCCAGCUGAUGAUUGCAGCAGAGGAGCGCCCGUGGCUCUGGGUAGUUUACAUACUGACGGUCAUUUUGCCCGUUGGACUUGUUGUGCUUUUCUGCUGGACAAAGAAGCCAGAUGACUAUGUGUACAAGAAAGUGGAUUUGCCGAAGGCUGACAUAGAAGAGGAGGAGGAGGAGGAAGAGGCAGAAGCUGGAGCAGACAAGGAUGACAAAGAUGACGAAGAUGUUGAGGCUGUGAACGCUGAAGCUGUUGCAGAGCCUGAGGAGGACAAGAAUGGCAUAGAUCUAGAAGGGGGGCAACCAGAGGGUGAUGGUGAAAAUGAGGAGGAUGGAGAAGAGGAGGAGGAGGAGAAGGAGGAAGAAGAAAGCAAAGCUCCCGAGAGAACAUUGGAAGAGGAGGUGGACGGAGGCGGUGACACUGCGGAGAGCAACAAACACGCCGUGAGGAAGAGGAGAGUACGGAAAGACUGAGGUGACAUUUGCACCAACUGUCUCUUCGUCUCCCUUCCAGGGUUGACAUGGAAGGGCUCCUGCCUGAGCCUGCAGCACAGAACAUGCGUGCAUUUUCCAAUAUCUCCCGGUAGCCCCCCCGUCUCCCUGGCAGCCCCAUUCCCAUCUUUCAUCUCUGGAUCAAAGUACAAAUCAUCUCCUCUCUUUGUCUUUCAAAUGCAUCGUUGACGUGCAUUUUAGGUUUCUUCCGCUCAUUCAAUCUUCAAAUUCAAAAUCUCAUUCUUUCCCUUGCGUAACCCAUUUCCCUGUCAGCCUACCUUGUACCACUGCGGUUCCUCUUCACCUUGACUCUGUUCUCUCAAGUCAUCAAUCUCCCCAUCUGUUUUCUUAAGAGUAAGGGCAGUGUAAAAGCAUCUGAACAUCCAGAUCUCAUGUCCUUCGCUCUCAGGAACAUGUAUAAUAAGGACGCAGUUACUUCAUGAGUUUUUCUACUUCAAAGUGUUGGGAGUUGGAGACGCCACCGUGCUGUGUGAAGAGGUGACUGAAAUGUGACUACUUGUGGAAGAAAGAGAGCCUUGUAGGUUUCUCUUAAAAUUGUACUUUUUUUGGGGGAGUAUUUUAUGUUUCUAUUUAACAAUUUAGAGAUUAUUAUUAUUAUCUUUAGUUCCAAAUGUUACGCUAGUUAACAUGAAGGGCACACUAUAAAGAACAGACCUCUACUUCAGCCAAUUUGUCCACUGUUAAUCGGAUUAGGCACUAAAUCUUUUAUCUUAGAACAUUGUUUAUUCCUUUUAACAUAUUAUCACGUAUGGAUCUUUGGUGGGUUGCAUUUUUAACACCAACAGCAAAUGCCUUGACAAGUCUAUGGAGAAUGUUUUUGCAACAACAAAAAGGUUCACAUUUACAGCAGAAUAACUACACUCCACGAGUAGGUUCCGACCCACUAUUGUUGCCCUUGAAAUGUUUUUUUUUUUCUUGCCAGACGGGCAAAUACCA